AUGUCAGAUUCAGAUUCAACUUUACCGGCCACGGACGACUUUGGGUCAAGGUUCUUAGAAUUUGAUGAGUACUCUUUCGAACAGACUGAUAAUACAGAAAGUGAUGCUUUUUCUGCGUUUCUACCUCAAUUUCGCUCCGUUGCCGAACAAAAGGUUUCGUUUCUUGAUGAGCAGUUACUUGCAACAACUAGUGGACGUAAGAAUUACAUAAGCCUCGCUCUUGAGGAUGACCAGGAUUUCAAUAUGACUGACAAUUUGAAGACCGGGGGUAGCUCUGGUGAUGAUUCUGAAGUGGAAUAUAGACCUCCAAAGUUGUUAACUGCACGACAGAUAAGUUUACAAUCACAGAAAAUCGCUGUUCCAACUGAUAUUAAGGACAUGAAGCAGUCUACAGCUCAUUCCAAACUAAUUAGUCUAGAGUGCUUGAAUCCAACUAAACCAGCUCCAACCUUAACAGCGGAACAAAUUGCCGUCCGGCAAAAAAGAAUAGCUCAUCGCAGAGAAUCAGCUAAGCACAAAGCGGAAGUUGAGAAGCUCCAAACUGUGGAACGUUUGCUCAAAAUCAACGCAAAUGUGAUUGGGCGUCGUGGUCGAGGUAAAGGUCUUCGGAAUAAUGGUUUGGUAAACCGUGAUCAGAUCUCAGCUCUAACGCGUUCACAAUUUGAUGUUUUAAAUUAUGAGGGGGAUAUCAUUGAAAAGGAGUAUUUCAAUGACACACACGCUUCACUACGACCCAGUGAAGGUAUGAACACCGAUUUAGUGGUCAGUGCUUAUGAAAAUACGAAAAUGUCUGAUAAUAACAUGUCUGUUAGUUUGCCAAAUGUUCAAUCAUAUAAUCCCAAACCUGGAUACAUUCGCUUUGUAUCUUCGUCUCGUUUAUCAACAAAAACAGUCAUCUGUUUACCUGAGACAGAUAAUAAUAGUGACAAGGAUAUUUAUAUGCACACGAGUGUUUACAUACAAAAAGCUACAGCCCCUGAAAUACCUAAGUUACGUCUAUGUGACAUGGGUUGCGGCUGUGCUAGGCGCUAUGAAUGUGCUAAAACAGGCCGUUCCUUAUGUAGUUUAUCCUGUUAUAAAGCUAAUUUAUCAGCAUUCCCAUCAACUAUUUCAACUUAAACUGUAGCAUUUAGACUUCUACAAUGAAUUUUUAUGAAUCUUGAUUUCUAGUAAAAAAUAUAUGCCUUAUUAAAG